AUGACACUUACGGAGACAACUCAGGCUUUAAUCGAAACGAACGAGGAACGACGUAUACAGGAACUGAUAGCUGCCUCUCAGAAACUACUGAGUCAAACCACACAACCACCAACUCCCACUGCUACAGCUACUUCAGGUUUUAAUUUUCGACCGGAAUCUGUUGGUCAAGAUAAACAGCAUUUGCGCCCAAGGAAACCGAAAACUAAGACGAGCACCGAAAAUUUAAAGUUUGGAGACGCUUCCGACAUAUCCUUACCUAUAUCGCGUAACACCUCAACUCCUUCUCUAGUUAGCAUGACAAGUAGUCCGACCCCAUUCAAUCAUGGUUCAGCCGUCGGCGGUAACAACAAUAUAAGUAGUGGACCGAACUUAAGUACUGUUGGGUCACCAACUCCACAGAGUAAUGCUACGAGGGGCGACAAAAAGUUUCUUAAAGAAAGAUCUGAACGCGAAAUACCAAUGGGACCUCCUGAGCUGAUGAAAGAUCCUACUUCAGAUUCCUUUUCCUCUCAUGCUUACAGUUGGCCUAUUAUUUUUGCAGUCGUGCCUCCGAUGGGUGCUCUCGUUUAUGGUAAAUCGGAUGUGUGGAGUGACUUUUUAUUAUUGCUCUUGAUUGCCUUCUACUUAUAUAACAUUAUCAAAGUGCCUUGGGAAUUAUAUUAUGCAGCAAGAUCAAGACGUGUAAUGAAUGAUAAUAUCCCUGAACAGACGGCAGAUCCGGCACAAGAGAACCAACGGAACAAUGCUGCAAAAGAACUUCGUCGACAAGAAGCCUGGGCAUUGUUAUUAGUAGUAGCAUCGCCAAUAAUUGGUGGAUAUGCUUUACAUUGUGCAAAAAUGUAUUUGACCGAUUACGACAAAUAUAUUUCUCAUUUCAACAUCGUACUUUUCGUGCUUGCCGCUGGUAUUCGUCCUUUGAUGCAUAUUGCUAAACUUGCAAAGAAUAGAACCUUGCAUCUACAGGAACAAGUUCAUUAUCCAAGCACUGAAGUAGAAUUACUAAAAAGACGUGUACAACAUCUGGAAUAUGAAUUCUCUCAGUUACGUCGUGGAUAUGCAACAAAACGGGAUGUAAUUAAUAUCAAAGAUGACUUUGAACCGACAAUCUCUCAACUAAAUAAAGCUGUUAGGAGAAAUGAAAAAAAAGAACAAUAUCUCAGAAGUUACUCAGAAGAAAGAUUCACGUAUCUGGAAAAUAAGUUGCGAGAAUUUGAUACAUUCAUUACUUACAAAUUACAAGAGGAACAAGCCACAAGUUUGUCACGUAAUAUGAUGCAAGCGAUGUUUUUGCCUCUCAACAUUACUUUUACCGUGUUUGGCUAUGCAAAAUAUUUUCUACCGCGGUCAUUAAGGGGAGCAAGACAGACACCAAUGUUACAACCUGCCUCCAAUUCGGAUGAUGAUGAUAAAGCUCGACUAAAUGAUGACACGACACAUCAACAAACAAAUUCCGGAAGCCUUCAAAAGUAUUAA